GCUUCUCGCCGUCCACCGGCGAUUUCUUCGCCUGCAAAACCAUUAAGAAGAGCCUCGUCGCCGACCGCCGCUUCUUGGAGCAGGAGCCCAAGAUUCUCAUGCUGCUCGCCGGCGCCCCCAACAUCCUCCGCCUCUUCAAGGUGUACGAGGAUGAAGAUUCCGUCCACCUCAUCACCGAGCUCUGCGACGGCGAAGACCUCUACGAGCGCGUCUCGCGGGGGCCAAUGCCGGAGCCCUCUGCCGCCAAGAUUUUCCGGCAGCUCAUGUCGGCGAUCAGCUGCUGCCACCGCGCCGGGAUUUCCCACCGAGACGUGAAGCUCGACAACGUGCUUUUCGACUCGGCGGGGAAUCUGAAGCUCGCCGACUUCGGGUACGCCGCCGAUUUCAGGGGCGGCCGGAUGUCGGAGUUUGUGGGGACGCCGUACUACGUGGCGCCGGAGAUUCUGAUGCGCCGGGAGUAUGACGAGAAAGUUGACGUGUGGAGUGCCGGCGUGAUUCUGUACAUGAUGCUGGCCGGAGUUCCGCCGUUCCGGGGCGAGACUACGGCGGAGACGUUCAAGGCGGUUUUGAGGGCAAAUUUGGUAUUUCCCACGAAGUUAUUCCGGUCAAUUUCUCCGGACGCGAAAGAUCUGCUGAGAAAGAUGAUCUGCAAAUAUCCUUCUAAGCGCUUAUCUGCAGACGAAGUAUUAAAACAUCCAUGGAUGAUCAAUGGUGGAGAGACAGAGCAGAAG